AUGGCCAGCCAUUUGGGCGCCUUGUCUGCCUGGAUCACAGCCCAUGUUCCAGGGCCCUUGAGUUACAAACAGCCCGCCUCGGCUGAUAACGAGGGAUACUGGGGCCCUGUGACUUCCACUAUCGACUGGUGCGAAGAAAACUAUGUGAUCUCUCCGUUUUUCGCAGAGUUCGUCAACUCGACCACGAACCUGGCAUUCUUCGCCCUAUCGAUGUACCACCUGCACUCUGCCAUCAAGAACAAGCACGGACUGUUGUUUAUGUUUGUUUCUGUUGGGAUGUGUUUUGUUGGUGUUGGAUCAUGGCUUUUCCAUAUGACACUGAAAUACGAGUUCCAACUCAUGGAUGAACUACCCAUGAUCUACUGUACGGCCCUUCCGUUUGCCUAUAUCUUCAGCGUUGGUAAGGGGAAAACGGUUUCUGUCUUGAUAUAUUCAACAACAGCUCUGUUCACGGCUCUUCUGACGUAUAUUUACUGCUCGGUAUACCAGAAUCCUGCUUUUCACCAGGUUUCGUACGGCUUGCUGAAUUUUGCGAUCAUAUUCAGAAGCUUGUAUUUGGUGAACACGAGGGUGACCGAUCCCAAGAUCCGCAAAUUCCUGUAUGGGCUUAUUUCUGCCGCUUUAUUUGAGUUUCUAUUCGGAUUCCUGCUCUGGAACCUGGAUACAGCCUACUGCACCAACCUAAUCUGGGCCAGGAGGGAGGUCAUGGGAUUGCCGUAUGGAGUCGUGCUAGAGGGCCACGGAUGGUGGCAUGUGUUCACUGGUCUUGGUAUAUACCAUUUCAUUCUCUACAGCCAGGUUUUGAGGACCUGGGUUGACGGCGUCCAGGACAAUUAUGAGUUGCUUUGGACUUACGGCUUUCUUGGAGAAGUGGUACUGAAGCAAAGCGACAAAAUUAAAACAAAAAAAUGCGAAUAA